AAAGAUAUGCAAACACAGUAUUUCCAGCCAAUAACGUGAUUACUAGGAAACUCACACGUGAUGGGAUUUUCAUCGGAAGUACGUAGCUACCGGCUUCCGGGGAGAUUUUCCGUCCGUCCGGCUCUGCGGACUCAAGGAGAGAAAGGAAAAAACUUUCCUCAGUGUAACCACACUUAGGACCUUAAAAGAUUCAUAAAUAUUUGUACACAGGUCCACAUCCGCCUCCCCAUGCAGAACUCCAUGAAAUGAAUAAAGCACCACAGCCUAUAACAGGACCCCCCUCCAACCCCCACCCUGCCCCCUCCCCUGGCCUCUCACAGCCCUCAUUCACCCCUGGGCAUUCUGUUGUGUUUGCCACCCCACCGCCUCCACAAAUGAACCCAACACCGCAGCCCCGACAGUUUGCCCCAGGGCCCCGGCCUAUACACCAACAGGGAAGCUUCAGGUCGCUACAGCCCUACUACAACAACAGGGCCAGCCUGCCUCCCAACAGUGGGCCUCGGGGUGUCCCUCUCAGCAGCGGCCCUCGGCCUGUGACGCCCACCCACGUCUACCAGCCGGGCCCCGGCUCCCAAAUGAUGAUGAUCCCUGGGCAACAAUUGCAAUUCUCCAGCACGCCACAGGGAAACGCCUACUUCAUACCGGGACAGUACCGGUCGGCGACCUACGUGGCCACACCCCAGCAGCAGUACCCAGUCCCAUCAGUUAACCCAGGCUUCUACCCCGGCACCAGCCCCGCUGAAUAUGGUACUUACACAGGGGCCUACUACCCCACCCCGCCUCAGUUCACCCCUGCGGUGCAGCCGGCCCCUCCACAGCAGCAGCAACCACCACCUCAGCCUCCCCAACACAUCCCCACCAAAAGGGAACGCAAACAGAUCAGAAUAAGAGACCCGAACCAAGGAGGUCGAGACAUUACAGAGGAGAUUAUGUCAGGGGGCCGCAGUGGCUCCACCCCAACCCCACCACAGAUAUCAGACUCAGAAAGUCCAGUCCAGGCCAACGGUGAGAGCGUCACAGCUGCUGCUACAACAGCGCUGGUUAGACCAGAUGACAGAGGGAAACCUACGCCCCCUCCUCUGUCGAAGACCCCUGAACUUGCUAAGGGAGACCCCGUCCCCACAGAGGCCACCCCCUCUGACACGAACACUAAGCCCCCUACACCCCCUCUACUAUCAGAAGCAGAGGACGUCCCUCUCGACACUAUUCCCACUCCUGCACCCUGCGCUCCUGUUGCCGAUGUGAUGGAUGCUCCCCCACCUCCCAAGGAACCCACCCCACCCCCCCAGUCAGCGCCUGAGGUGCCCGCCUACCCAGCACCCCUCCCUGACCCCAUCCCCACCUCUGCUGCACAAAACAAAACAGACAAGAAAUCCACAGAGGAGAAGGAGAAGGAGAAGGAGGAGGAGGAGGAGGAGGUGAAAGAGGAGGAGGCUGAAGCAGAAGAGGCAGAAGCAGAAGAGGCAGCUGCCUCACUGGACGCACCUCCCUCCGCCACUAACGGUGUCGCAGAGGUGGAGCCAGAGAGGCCGUCGGUCAUGUUGCCACCCUGUCACCAGGAGGCCCCUCUGGAGUCUCCCAUUGCACAGCCGGAGGAGCUCCGCCUCCCCAAUGGCCUGCCGCUGCCCGCCCCUCAAGACCCAGAGGUGCCCGCCGACAGCACGACCGAGUGUGACGACAGCCCCAUCGCUGAGCCUGAGAUCAGCGAGCAGCCCGUCAUACAGACUUCCACAGCCAUCACCCAGGCGGUGGCGCCUGCACCCGUUGUCCAAGCGCCUGCACCCGUUGUCCAAGCGCCUGCACCCGUUGUCCAAGCGCCUGCACCAGUUGUCCAAGACACACCUGCCCCUGUUGAUCAGCCUGCAACUGCACCUGCAACUGCAACUGCAACUGCACCUGCACCUGCAACUGCACCUGCAUCUGCACCGGCACCUGCACCUGCGCCUGCACUUGCACCGGCACCUGCACCUGCGCCUGCAUCUGCACCGGCACCUGCACCUGCGCCUGCACCCGCUGUCCAGGAGAUUCCUGCUGAUCCAGUUGUCCAGGCCGCGCCCGCCCAGCCUGAGGUACAAGACGCGGUUCCUCCAGUCGCCCUGGACGUCAAAGAAGAUACCCCAGUGGCCCAGCCCACUGCCGAGGAAGAGAAGCCAUCUCCUGCAGAGACGGUUUCUAUAGCUGACAGCACCCCAGAAACAGUGCCCACUCCUCCCCCUCCCACAGCAGAGGAGAGGGAGGACACCCCUCCUCCCCAGAUGGUCACCCCUGCCCUCAUAGAAACUACUAUGCAAGCUGCCGUGUCUGUGCCAAAGAAAAAGAGGAAGAUGAAGGAUCUGAACAAAAAGGAGGCAGUGGGAGAUCUACUGGAUGCCUUUAAAGAGGAGCAAGUAGUGGCUCCCCCAGAGCCCGAGCCGGCCCCUGCCCCAGCACCAGAGACCGUGCCCCCUGCUGCUUCCCCUCCCGCCCCAGAGGAUCCUGACAUGACCUGGGAGGACAAGGAAGACAAGGAGGACAAGCUGGACGCUGAGAACAUCAAGCCAGAUCCCAAUCAGACCGACGCUGACAAGAAGUACCAGUACAAAGGGGAGAAUUGGAAGCCAAUCGACCCAGAGGAGAAGAAGCAUUACGACAGAGAGUUUCUUCUGGGCUUCCAGUUCAUCUCAGCCAGCAUGAACAAGCCCGAUGGUCUACCAGCCAUCAGUGAUGUUGUCCUGGACAAGAUUAAUAAGACUCCUCUGCGUCAGCUGGACCCCAGUCGUCUACAAGCAAUGAACAGCGGCCCUGACUUCACACCCUCCUUCGCCAACCUCGGCAGGUCCGGUAUGGGAGGAGGAGGCGGAGGAGGAGGCGGGGGAGGAGGAGGUGGAGGAGGAGGAGGAGGAGGAGGAAGAGACGGAGGAGGCGGCGGCGGCAGAGGACCACCUCCAGGUAUGGGCAUCGGAGUUGGCGGUCCACGUCGCUCUCAGCAGAUGCAGAAGAGAGAGCCAAGGAAAAUCUUCACCACCAUGUCGCUCAGUGACGACAUAAAGCUGAACAAGGCAGAGAAGGCCUGGAAACCUUCGACGAAAAAAAAUGAUCGCAAUCGCGCGGCAGAGGAGCCCGAAGAGAACGACUCGGAGAACGGAAAGACCCAGGAGCUGUUUAAACGGGUCCGCAGCAUCCUCAACAAACUGACCCCCCAAAAGUUUCAGCAGCUGAUGAAGCAGGUGAUGGACCUGACUAUUGACACUGAGGAGAGAUUGAAAGGAGUCAUAGAUCUCACCUUCGAAAAGGCCAUCUCCGAGCCAGACUUUUCAGUGGCCUACGCUAACAUGUGCCGCUGCCUUAUGGGGCUUAAAGUCCAAACCACAGAUAAGCCGGAAGUCACUGUGAAUUUCCGCAAGCUGCUGCUAAAUCGAUGCCAGAAGGAGUUUGAAAAGGACAAAGAUGACGACGAGAUCUUUGAGAGGAAGCAGAAAGAGCUGGAGGCUGCCUCAGUGCCGGAGGUGAAGCAGCGUCUCUCUGAUGAGCUACAACUCGCUAAAGACCAGGCCAGGAGGCGCUCGCUGGGCAACAUCAAGUUCAUCGGCGAGCUGUUCAAGCUGAAAAUGCUCACAGAGGUCAUCAUGCACGACUGCAUUGUAAAGCUGCUCAAAAACCACGACGAGGAGUCCCUGGAGUGCCUGUGUAGACUGUUGUCCACCAUCGGCAAGGACCUAGACUUUGAGAAGGCCAAGCCUCGUAUGGACCAGUACUUCACCCAGAUGGAGAAGAUAAUAAAGGAGAAGAAGACCAGCUCCAGGAUCCGCUUCAUGUUGCAGGAUGUGCUGGACGUUCGACAGAACAACUGGGUGCCCCGGCGAGGCGACCAGGGCCCCAAGACCAUCGAGCAGAUCCACAAAGACGCUGAGGCAGAGGAGCACAGGGAGCAUAUGAAGGUGCAGCAAGCCCUCAUCUCCAAGAAGGAGCCGAGCGGUCCCGGAGGCAGGAUGGGUGGAGGAGGAGGAGGAGGAGGAGGAGGAGGUCGCGGGGGCCCUCACAACCAAGGCCGCGGUAAUCCUCCCCAGGACGAGGGCUGGAAUACAGUCCCCAUCUCCAAGAACCGACCUAUUGACACUUCUCGCCUUAGCAAAAUCACUAAGACUCCUGUUCUUGACUUCAACAAUCAGCUGCUCGCCCCCGGAGGUAAAGGCACAUGGGGGAGCUGGGGAAAGGGCAGCAGCGGUGGCUCCACUGCCAAACCUGCAGAAUCUGGCCCGGAGCCAGGCGGCCGUCCAGCCCCCAGCACAAACAGGUUCUCAGCCUUACAGCAGCCGUCGUCCUCCGCGGGGUCUCCCCAGGACUCGGACAGACGAGUUCCUCAGAGAAACAGCUCGAGUCGAGAGCGCAGCGAUCGCUUCGACCGCAGCGACCGAUUCGACAGACGGGAUGAGCGGCGGGACGACCACCGCGAUCGAAACCGACUGCAGGUCACCAAGCGCAGCUUCAGUCGGGAGAACGAAGAGCGGAGCCGGGAGAGAGAGCAGCGCGGAUCGGCCGAUCCCGUCCGCCGAGUAGCGAGCAUGACGGACGACAGAGGUAGCAGAGACCGAGCCAGGAGCAAAGAGAAUGCGGUGAAGCGGGAGAAAGCUGCCACCCCUCCACCUCCUCCGCCCCCCACCAAGCCUGCCUUGACCGAGGAAGAGCUGAGCAAGAAGUCCACCGCCAUCACCGAGGAGUACCUCCAUAUCAACGACAUGAAGGAGGCUCUGCAGUGUGUGCAGGAGAUGAACAGCACUCAGCUGCUCUUUGUGUUCGUACGAAACGGACUGGAGUCGACGCUGGAGCGCAGCACCAUCGCCAGAGAGCGCAUGGGCCUGCUGCUGCAACAGCUCAUUAAGAACAACACCCUCCCAACGCAGCAGUACUAUACCGGGCUUCAGGAAAUCCUGGAGGUGGCUGAAGACAUGGCAAUAGACAUCCCCCACAUCUGGCUGUACCUGGCAGAGCAAAUCACUCCCAUGCUCCAUGAGGGAGGCAUCCCCAUGGGAGAACUUUUCAGGGAGAUUUCAAAGCCUUUGAUCCCUCUGGGCCAAGCUGGAGUCCUGCUGGUCCAAAUCCUCACGUUACUCUGCAAAGGAAUGAGCCAUAAAAAGGUGAGCACCAUGUGGCGGGAGGCUGGCCUCCGGUGGAAAGACUUCCUCCCCGAGGACGUAGACGUCAACAAGUUUGUGACAGAACAGAAUGUGGAGUUCACACUCGGCGACGAGUCGGAGGAGAGUAAGAAGGAGGAGCUGAGCUCUGCAGAGCUGAGCAAACAGCUGGAGAGACUGAUCCAGGACAAGGCCGACAACCAGAGGAUCUUUGACUGGAUUGAGGCCAACCUGGAUGAGCAGCAGACGUCCUCCAACAUGUUUGUCAGAGCUCUGAUGACCUGCGUCUGCCAGUCGGCAGUCAUCUUGGAGAACCCCAACAAGGUGGACAGUGACCAGAUCAAGCAGAGGGCCAGGGUGUUGCAGAAAUACCUGAAGGACGAGAAGAAGGAGCUGCAGGCUCUGUACGCCCUGCAGGCUCUGAUGGCGCAGUUGGAGCAACCUGCAAAUCUGCUACGGAUGUUCUUUGACACUCUUUACGACGAGGACGUGAUCAAAGAGGAGGCCUUCUACAAGUGGGAGUCUUGCAAAGACCCCGCCGAGCAGCAGGGCAAGGGCGUGGCCCUCAAGUCCGUCACCGCCUUCUUCACUUGGCUCCGCGAGGCCGAGGACGAGGAAGAGGACGAGUCCGACAACAGCUAGGGGCCCCUCGGACCGCUGGGAGGAGUGGAGGGAGUUCAGAGAGGAUCCUUGGGGAUGAUUCAGAAAAACCUGAAUCAGCAAAACCCUUCUGCAUAAACAGAAAAAAAAGCAAGAAAAAAAAUUCUUCAACUGGGAGAGAUUGUAUUAUGGAUCGAACGUUCGAUCAUGUUAUUUUUUUUGUUUUGUUGUUUUGGAUUUCUUGUUUUUCCUUGCGCAACUGAAUGUCUUUUUUGAAAUACAUGAGAAUUAAAUAGAGAGAAUAGAUACGAGAGAGCGAAUGCUGAGAAGCGUUACAAGCCGUGGGGAGAUGACGCUGUUUCCUUCAGUAUUUUUUUUUUUUUUUUUUUUUUAGAUUUUACCUCCUGUUUUCAAAUGGCUUGUCCUCGCCACGGCAACACUAUUCAAGACACUUUGCUUAAUGACAGAUAUUCAAAACUUUAAAACGCUGUUCACAUCUAUAUUUUUGAUGACUUCAUUCUUUAUCAAUGUGACACAGCAGCAUCGUCAUGUCACAUGUACGGUGUUUGAUCUACAUGCGGCGCUUUAUGUAGACAGCUAGUUUUUUUUGUUUCUCUUUCUUUUCCCGGUGUUGGAUGGUUGGAGUGUGCAUUUUAUAAUAAAAUAAAAAACUACAAAGAAGAGUGGCGAGCGCUGUCUAUCGGACAUUUCAGACAGUAACGGUAGUGGACUCCGGAGGAUUUCACGCAGACUUUAUGAGGACGGCGUCACUGAGGAGCGGGGCAAUGAACAUUGACCAUUUUGCUGCUGGGGGGGCGGCGUUGCUUCUUCCCUGACGCCCCUCAACCCCGACAUACCCUCCCCAUGUGUCUGUUUUUCCUGCGCUUCAAAAAACAAACUUUGGACUGAGAACGGGAGAGCAAGAGCAUCUUCACCUCCUACAAAGCCUGGAUUUUAAAAAGAUACAGUAACAUUAUUGAAACUUGAAAAAAGUACACAGACAAAAAUCAACUAUAUUGAAAAAGGUCUUUAAAAAAAAAAAAAAAAGUUUAACAGUUCGAAUCCUACGGCCUUUUCUGCUUCCAAGAGUGGAAAUGCAUUUCAGGAGAGUUCUGUAAAUAUAUAAAUGGUUUUGUUUUUUUUUCAAAGAGAACUGCUAGCAUACUGUCAUGUAAUCCCCCCCUUCCUUGAAAACAGCAGUCUUUUCCCUGUAUUUAUAUUUUUCUCUCCUCGGCAGAAGGUGCUUGUAAUUAUCCAACCCAAGUCAUUGAUUACAAGUUAAUUGAAAAUUUGUAAAUACUUUUUUGCUUUACUUUAUUAAAAAAAGAUAUUUAAUUAAAGUAAAAUUAAUGCCUCUUUUCACAUCCAAAACUGGAAGAGAUAAUAAAGAUUGUUGCCAAUAAAAGAGA